AGUGACAGGGAAAGGAACACGCGCAUUGAGUACAGGAUGAAGCUUACGCUAGUGCUGCUGGUGGCAGUGGCGGUCGUUUCGACCACCUUCGCCAAGACGGUACCGUCCGGCAAGCGGUCCCGGCUGCCCAUGGAGCUGCUCGGCGGCAUGUUCGGUGCCAACUUCCAGGCGCCGAAGGUGCCGAAGGAUUACGUGCCGAACCCGCGCAUCGUUGAGGACCGCUUCACGUCGCGCAUCAACCACUUUGACCCGCAGAACCGCGACACGUUCGAGUUUAACUUCCUGUGGAACGAUGAGUACUACCGCCCGGGCGGCCCGCUGUUUAUCGUCGUCGGAGGCCAUCACCGUACCAAUCCGUUCUUCAUCGACGAAACGCACUUCAAGGAUAUUGCCGCCCUGCAGGGUGCCUUCCUGGCUACGAACGAGCACCGUUACUUCGGCACCAGCGUUCCGACUGAGGAUCUGUCGUCGGACAAUCUGCGCUUCUUGCGCACGGAACAGACCCUGUUCGAUCUGAUCGAAUGGAUCGAUUUCCUGAGGCGCGAGGUCAUGCGCGACCCGAACGCGAAGGUCAUCCUGCACGGCUUCAGCUACGGCGGUGCACUGGCCUCCUGGGCCCGCCAGCGCUUCCCGAACAUCAUCGACGGUGCCUGGGUGUCCAGCGCUACCGUGCGCGCGACCGUCAACUUCGAGGAGUUCACCGAGGACUUUGGCAACACGAUCCGCAUCAAGGGCAGCGACGAGUGCUACAACUCCAUCUUCCGUGCGUUCCACACCGCCGAGAACCUGCUCGACGCCGGCCGCACCGAUAUCGUGUCCAGCAUGUUCAACACCUGCGAUCCGAUCGACGCGGAGAACUCGCUGCAGGUGGAGCUGUUCCUGCAUCUGAUGACGCUGUCGCUGGAGCUGUCCAUGUUCGACGACUUCAACAUUGAGAACGUGCAGCGCGUGUGCAACGUGCUGACGGACGAGCAGUACGAAACGCCGAUGGAAGCGCUGGCCGCUUACCUGAAGGAUCGCUACUCCGAGAUCCGUGACUGUUUCGAUCUGUCGUUCGAGAACUUCAUCUCGAUCCUGGGCGACGAGUCGGUGGAUGCGCCCCAGAACGCGGAGUUCGGUCUGCGCCAGCUGAAUUAUCACAUCUGUACCGAGUUUGGCUUCUUCCAGACGGCCAAGUCGCGCGACCAGCCGUUCGGUUCCAAGGUGACGUACGAUCUGUUCCUGGCCGAAUGCUCGGCCGUGUUCGGCGAGUGGCUCACCCAGGAGGUGCUGUACGAUGGCGUGCGCCUCACGAACUUCCACUUCGGUGCGACCGAUCCGCGCAUCACCAACGUGCUGUACACGAACGGUGGCAUCGAUCCGUUCCGCCACGUGUCGAUCACCGAGUACACGAACCUGCUGGCCAAUGCGCGCGUCACGCCCGCCGCCUUCUACACCGAGGAUAUCCGCGCGAUCACCGGCAUGGAUUCGGAGGAGAUGCUCGAGACCAAGCACAUGGCGGAGGAGUACAUCACCACCUGGCUCGGUUCGCCGAUCAGCCCGUUCCGGAAGUGAGUGUGGAAAGCGCGAGGCAGUUGGCGAAGGAGUUGGGGCCACUAGUCACCCCACGCACAGUUCCAUCCAUCUUCUUUCGGCGGAGCGAUUGCAUAAUGUAAGCAGAGCGUUAGUUUGACCAAUUAAAAGCCAUAAACACAUUCGGCUUGAUAAAGCCAACAUAAAACAAA